CACCAUUGAUGGCGGGUAAAUUGAACAGAACAGAAGUUAAAAAAUUGACUUCAUCGCAAAAAGCUGCUGGUUCUGUUCGCAUCCUGCCUGGACAUGUGUUGGUCAAUGAGAAAUAUCAAGGAUCACUCCUUGUCAAGGUUUUACAAGGGAGUGUCAAUGUGGUGUUUGAAAAUCUUGGGUUUAUGGAUUUCCGACCAUCAGUCGAUGUUGGUGUUUUAUUCUUGAAUGAGUCCGAAUUGAUAACAGGAACUACUUACAAGCAGAGAAUCAUAAAGUUGGCCAAGGUGCAGACUACCCGUGCACUUGUGCUUUAUGAAAAAACAGCAAUGACUGACCAGUAUGUUGAACAGCUUCAGAAAUUCACAGCCAUCAACAUGGGUAUUAAUCUCUACCCUGUCAGCUCGCAGGAAGAGGUUGCCAAAUUCCUCAUACAAAUGGUGAAUGUGAUUGGUGAUGCAAGAAGCAAUCCAUUUUUGAUCAAGAAAUCUCAAAAACCAAUAGACCAGACACUUUUAGAUACACUACAAACUGUUCCUGGCUUGGGAGAAAAGAAAGCCCUAGCUUUGCUGCAAAGAUUCUCAAGUUUGAAAGAAUUGGGUGGAGCCUCAAAACAGGACAUAUCAAGAGUGGUUGGUGAUGCUUGUGCACAAACAAUCAAAUCAUUUUUCUCCUCUCCACCAAAAUGAUUUUCAAGAACAAAAAAGAA